CAUGACAGUAACCAAGUGACGUAGACUAGCAGUCACAGAGGCCAAGAGUCGGUGAGGCAAGGCAUCGUUACGUGUAAGUUAUUGUUGGCGGCUUCGGUAAUAAGGACUGUCAUUGCAUCAGACAAGAAAACACAUCGAUAUUCAUCUCGUAGGAAAACGGGGCACCUUUAAUUUCAUCAUAGAAUGGCGCCCAUUUUUGCGCUUGCAGCCUCAGCCUUACUGGGAAGUGUCGCAGCUGCAGCAGAGCAAGUUAAAAGUAAGUACACAAUUACUUUGUUACUUUCACAAUUUGAUUAGAAGCAAAGUGUUAGUGCGAGCUGUUAAUUUAAGCCAGCGGUACUCAAUAGUGUCAAAGAUUUCAAGGAACUCAUAUUUCCCAUUUUGAUGGCGCGUUAUAAUGUAUUGUGUCUCUCAUCAAGACAACGGUUACAUGGUGAGUCGAGUGUUAAAUCGGCCUACAGACGUUGCUAAUAAUAAUGAUUCAAAGUAUUUAGGAGGAACUUAUGUGACUCCCUUCAUGACUUAGUAGUCAACGGGACAAGGUUAUGUGCUACUGAUUUAGUCAAUAUCGCAUCAACAAUGAAAGAAACAAGGAAUUUAUUGAUUCACUGUCCAUUGUUGCAAAGCCGUUUUAAUAUUUUGACCUCCUUUUUCAAAACUAUUAAAAAAUAGAAUAAUAUGUCCUAGUGCCUUCAAGAAAAUCAAUCAUCUCUUUAAUUAAACUUAAGUUAACAUGUUUUAGUUGUAAUGCAAGUGUGGGUAGUACUUACAUUUACCUAGUUCAGAAGCUUAGUGAAAAAAACAAACAAACAUUUUUACAUGUAUUUCUUACAGUCGCAGACUUAACUCUAUAUUUGUGUCUCCCAACCCAAACCAUCCCCUUCCCUCACAUAAAUGAUGCGUGUUAUUUGAUUCUUGUGGUCCCGUUACAAUGGGCCUAUGAGGAAACAAAAGGAGAAUUCUCGAGUUUCUACCAUUGUUAUUAACUGUUACAUCAAAGUCAAUCCCACUGGCUAGGCUGUGAUGAAUUUAACCUUGCAUUGACACUUGUCUUUGAUGAAUUGAACCACACAUGGCCCCUGUCUCUGAUGAGCUUAACCACAUAUUGACCCUUGUCAUUGAUGUGAUGAAUUGUAUCACACAUUGACCCUUGUAUUUGAUGUGAUGAAUUGAACCCCACAUUGACUCUUGUCUGUGAUGUGAUGAAUUGUAUCACACAUUGACUCACAUUGACCCUUGUCUUUGAUGAAUUUACCAUAUAUUGACCCUUGUCCUUGUGAUACUUUUAACCCCACAUUGACCCUUGUCUUUGAUGUGAUACAUUAAACCACACAUUGACCCUUGUCAUUGAUGUGGUGAAUUGAACAACACAUUGACCCUUGUCUUUGAUGUGAUACAUUGAACCACACAUUGACCCUUGUCUUUGAUGUGAUACAUUGAACCACACAUUGACCCUUGUCUUUGAUGUGAUACAUUGAACCACACAUUGACCCUUGUCUUUGAUGUGAUACAUUGAACCACACAUUGACCCUUGUCUUUGAUAUGACAUUCUAUCAACUUGACUUGUGAAAUCACAUGUUCAAAUGUUCAUUUCAGCAUGGGGUAGAAUCAAUUGGGUCACCAUGAAAGAUGGCCAGAGACUAGUCAAAGAGCAGUAAGUAUUCUAUCGUACGUUCUCUCCCCUUAGCUGUGUAUACAUGUCCUUAACGCUUGUCUUUGUAAAUAAGACAUUUAUCAGAAAUCUUUCUUGAAGGUCAAUUUGUUUAAAACCAGUUGUUGCUAUUUUCUUUGUGCCAUAUUAUAAUGUACAUAACAUUUUUUUAUGGUGCAGGUUUUAUUUCCAGAAUUUGUACGUUGUCAUUGUAAAUAUCAUCAAAGUUACACCUACAAAAGUUGUAUAAUAUGUUCAAUAUGUUCAACUUGCAGGGGUAAGCCAGCCAUGGUUGUGUUCCACAAGCCCUGGUGCCGUGCAUGUAAAGGUAAGAAAAAAAAAUGAAUUCAUUAAAUUCCUCGCCAAGUAGUUAAGUCAGGUCAUCCAGGUUCGAUACUCCACGUAGAUUCAAGGUCGGCAACUAGAUUCGUUAUGGCAAGAAGAUUCAAGGCAGGCAAUCCAAUUUUAAAUAAAAACUGAUGCAGGGAGUUAAGAAAUAGAUUUAAAAAAAUUAAUACAUGCCAAAUGACAAUAAAUAUUGUUCACUUUAAAUCAUUUCUAAAUGUUAUUAUUUUAAAAAGAAACACAAAAUCAGUGAAAUAACCUUUGCCAUUGACAGGAGCAUCAUUGUAGUUACACCAUGACUUGUUCAAAUGUUGGAUGAUGAUACGAUUAACAAUCUAUUAUUUCUACAGCUCUGAGACCCAGAUUCGCCAACAGUCGUGAAAUUGAACAGUUGAGCAACGAUUUCAUCAUGAUCAGCGUAGAGGUGAGUGAAGAUUUCUUCAUUGUUCUAACAGUUUGUGUAAUGCAGCUAUAGUGCCCUAAAUAUAAAUUCUGUUAAUGUUUAGUUCAUUAAUUCAAUCCUUCAUUAAGAUUAUUUUAAAAAAAACGGUGAAAAUGAACACCUUUAAUUAAAAAUAUUUUGAAAUUGACAUAACAUAAAUUUGUACUGGUCAUAGUGACAGAUCCUUCUGGAUCUCCAACUCAUGCAGCAGGUGAACUAAGAAACGGCAGCUUAUGUCACACCCCCCCCCCCCCCAAUCUCUUUAAAUAAACUAUUGUACCAAUAUUUUCCUUCUCUAGGAAGAGGAAGUCCCCAAAAAUUCUGAGUUGAGCCCUGACGGUGCAUACAUCCCUAGGAUACUAUUUAUGGGUAAGUUUUUGUUCCAACCUCGUUCUCGUCUCCGUUCUUAAAAGUACAUUUGAAUAUUGAAGUUUUGUUCAUUUUGGUUGAUAUCUUAAUUAGCUUAAACAAAAUUAGUGCCAAGUUUAAGAUGGUGGAUUCUGGGGUGGGGCUCACAAGGUGUAGAGAUUUUGAACUCUGGCUAUUUCAAUAAUGGUCAUCGCACCUAUUAUCAAUUUUUUUGGGACUGCUUUCUAAUGACGAAAUCCAAACGGGCAGAGAUGAUUUUUCUUACCUUAAGAUUUUAACGUAGACAUGCAGCGGGACACUUUACUAGUGCAGUUGCUCCCACUGUGUCUCAGUCAAUGUAAACACAUUUUCUAUAAGAACUAAAUCGUUAGACGGGACACAGGUUGUUAGACGGGACACAGAUUGUUAGAUGCCAUUGGCUACCGGAUAAGUAGUCCGUGUUUACUUUCUAGAUCCUGAGGGUAAAGUCCUGAAUCAUGUGUAUAACCAGAAGGGUAACAAACAGUACAGAUAUUACUAUGCCGAGACCGCUUCAAGUAAGUACAACUCUAUUUUUUGUUGUGUUUUCAGACCAAGAAGGCAAAGUCCUGAAGCAUGUUGUCAACAAGGGGAGUGAGGGCUUUAGAUAUUACUAUUAUGAAACGGAUUCAAGUAGGUUUUCUUUAGAUGUUUUUCCCUUAUAAAUCAAUGUCAUAUAAUACAUAUAAGAGCAUUUAAAUCUUUUAAUGUUUUGGUCACAUCUGUUAUAUAUUAAUGAAAAGAUUAAUUAUAUUUUCUUUUAUUUGAACAUAAAAAUUCCGUUGUAUGGCCUGGUAACACAAGGCUCAGCAAUCGGGAAUGGUCUGUGGAACAUCAUUUGGGAACGCUGAUCUAGAAAGCUAUUAUCUCACCCAGCGGCUCUCAACCUUUGGGUCACGACCCCUGUGGGGUCACCUAAGACCAUCGGAAAACACAAAUACUCUACAAAUAGAUUAGAAAGUAGAAUCGAAAAUAUUUUUUUUUUGGGGGGGGGGGGGUGGGGGGCGUCACCAUAACAUGAGAAACGGUAUUAAAGGCAAAGUGUCACGCAUUAGGAAGAUUGAGAACCCCUGAUCUAGCCCAAUGGAUUUUUUUGUGGGGGGGGGGGGGGGGGGGGGGCGUCACCAUAACAUGAGAAACUGUAUUAAAGGCAAAGUGUCACGCAUUAGGAAGAUUGAGAACCCCUGAUCUAGCCCAAUGGGCAGCGCUGGCCACUUGUGUAAAAGUCACAGCAACUAUUGGAUGUAAGAAUAUGUGUAGUCGCCAAGGGGCUAUUACACAACGUGCCUGUGUCAUCGAAAUCCACUCUUUAUAAGUUAUUGCUCUUUUUUUUUCAGUCAUUGACAGCAUGAAGAAUGUACUCAAGCAGACAGGUGCCCGUAGAAGUAAUGCGUAGGUCCAAAAGUCCUUCUCCUCUAAGAACAAUUAAGGUAAGCUAGCAGUGAAUAGUUGCUACUUUUACUACACCCUUCCACACCAGACAAAAUGUGACAUUCAACACCAGACAAAAUGUGACAUUCAACACCAGACAAAAUAUGACAUUCAACACCAGACAAAAUGUGACAUUCAACACCAGACAAAAUGUGACAUUCAACACCAGACAAAAUGUGACAUUCAACACCAGACAAAAUGUGACAUUCAACACCAGACAAAAUAUGACAUUCAACACCAGACAAAAUGUGACAUUCAACACCAGACAAAAUGUGACUCUUCAACACCAGACAUAUAUGACACUCUCCAACACCAGACACAUAUGACACUCUCCAACACCAGACAUAUAUGACAUUCUCCAACACCAGACAAGAUUUGAUUUUUGCCAUGAGUGCUGUUUUGGGGGGGGGGGUGUUUACAUGUCUUUCUAAACAUGUGAAUAUACUUUUAAACUAUUUCUACCUUUCCCUAUUUUUUAUUUGUACACCAGACAAGAUUUGAUUUUUGCCAUGAGUGCUGUUUUGGGGGGGGGGGGUGUUUACAUGUCUUUCUAAACAUGUGAAUAUACUUAUAAACUAUUUCUACCUUUCCCUAUUUGUUAUUUGUCUGGACGUAUGUCCUGGCUGUGUUAUACAUGUAUAUAGGAUUGGACGGACGGACAGACACAUCUAUGUAUGAUUGGACGGAUGGACAGACCCAUCUAUGUAUGAUUUUGACGGUUGGACAUACAUAUAUAUGUAUGAUUAGAUGGAUGGACAGACACAUAUUAUGUAUGAUUGGACGGAUAGACAGAAACAUCUAUGCAUGAUUGGACUGAUACAUCUAUGCAUGAUUGGACGAAUGGACAGAAACAUUGACGCAUGAUUGGAUGGAUGGGCAGAAACAUCUGUGUAUGAUUGGAUGGAUGGACAGGAACACCUUUGUAUGAUUGGACGGAUGAAAAGACACAUAUGUAUGACUGAACGGAUAUACAUAUAUGUAUAAAUGAAUGACUGGACAUAUAUCUAUGAUUGUAAGAUUGGACAUACAUAUAUAUAUGUAUUUUUGAUCCUAAUGAUAGAUUUAUCUAUGUAUGUUUGGAUACAAUUGACAGAUCUAUCUAUACAUAAUUAUACUCAAUAACAUACAUCUAUGUAUGAUUGGACGAAAGGACAAAUAUGGCUAUGUAUGAUUGGACGAACGGGCAAAUACGGCUAUGUAUGAUUGGACGAAAGGACAAAUACGAAUAUGUAUGAUUGGAAGAAAGGACAAAUACGGCUAUGCAUGAAUUGACGAAUAGACAGAUUAAUCUAUGUACGGUUGACCAAUGGUUGGUCCAAUGGACCGAUGCCUCUGUGGAUGGUUGGACGAAUGAAAGACACAUAAACGAUUGGAUUAAUAUACAGACUCGUCUAGGUAUGAUUUGGCGAAUACACAAAACUCAUCUAUGUAUGAUGUUACAAAUAGACAAACACAUGUCUGUAUGAUGGGAUGAAUGGACGGAUUCAUCUACAUGAUGAAAGGACUAGACAAACUCAUCUAUGCAUGAUUGGACGCAAAGAGAUAAAGAGAACUUUUUUCAAAUCUUUUUUAAAGUUGGAAUUUCUAUUUAUUUUUUCAGUUAAAGAAUUGGAUGCAAUUAUGUUUGAAUGUUUCUUAUAUCUUUAAUUUUCCAGCUGAAAACUUGGCCUCUCUCUACAUGUCAUCUAUUUGCUUUCCCGAAAAUGUCAUCAUUUGAAUCAAAGCUGAAUUAGUCCACACAUUUGUCAAAUUAACAAGAUUUCUUGAAACAAGAGCAAAUAAAAACAUGCUUCAUUAACUGUAGUUCCUGGUUUUCUUAAGUUUCUAAAUGUUCUAUACUUUUUACAAUGUCCAUUAUUUUGUGUUCAUUCUCUGGGCUGUUGUGACAAAACACCACAGGUAAAAUUAUGUUAUUACGAGAGGCCAAGGUAAACCAGAAGUCAAGGUUCUCCUGCUAGAAGUGCAGCCGAGCCAUUCCAGGAUCGGCCUCAUAAGCCAUUCGAGGAAAUGUGAAUAAGCUACUCCAUCGUCUCACAAACACGGAAAGAUGGCUUAUGUUACAAAGCGGAGCAUAACAGUUGUUACACUAAAAUGACUUGAGCCCGCUCCUCUUGGUAGGAAUGAACUAAUGCAAAGGUUGUUGAGCG